CAAAUCAGAAUGGGGGGAAAGAGGACAUCAGUUAUGCACCUGGACUGCAGCCCUGCUAGGGAGGAGCUGCAGCCAUCAGACCAGUUGGGGCAGUGAUGCCUUAAAGGGCUCCAGGCCUUCCUGCUUGGCCCCUUUAUCUGCCAGAGGGAAGGAUAGUUUGCUUUCCUUGCUCUCGCCACAGAAGAACGACUCUCAAGGUGUGGAUGUUUGGGCUGCUAAACACAGCACGAUGAGCUUCAGCUCCCAGGUUUCCUCCUCAACCCAGACCAUGACUGGGGCAAUCAACACCAUUAAAUUCUUCCUCUCUGAGGCCUUCCUUGGUCAGCAGUUUGAGGCUGUGGACAUGGAGGCAAACAAGCCUGAGCCUGGAGACCUCUUCCUGUAUAAGCUGCUGAACCCCGUGGGACACUGGUGCGGGGCCCACGUGGGCGUCUACUGCGGCCAUGGAGAGAUCAUCCACUUUGAGGGUAAGCGUCCCAGCCGCAGUGGCCUGCACCAGUUCCUGGGCUCCUGGGAAGGCGUGGUGUGCAAACAGGGGCAGCGGGCGCUGCAGCGCUCCCGCCAGCUCUGGCGCGUGCUGCGGAGACGUGGUGGCGUGGACCACGCGGGGCUGGAGCGUCGAGUACGUGAGGCCAUGACCAUGGAUCCCCCUACUUAUCACCCCACGCGCUACAACUGUGUGCACUUUGCGCUGAGCCUGCUGGGCUUGGACAGGAGCUCAGGCUUGGUGAGUGCAGCUCUGCAGAGCCCCAACCCACUAUCAGACAUCCUUAACCAGCAAGCUCCUGCAGGCCCCGAGUCUUCCUGCCCCACUUCACCAUGGCCACGCUUCUCCAACUUGUAUCUGCUUUGCUCUGCCUGGCAUGAAGCCUCCAGAAGCACACAACCUGACCAUUUAAGGGUUCACCUCUCCAAAAUCUCUCUGGACGUCCCCCAGCUUGCAUAUCCUGGCCACCGGCAUGUUCUUCUGCCUGUCAAUCUGCAAGCCAGAUUCUGGGCAGCCUCACCAUCACUCUAUCUGAACCAGAACCUUCCUACCGAGUCAAGGUCCAGAGUUCUGGGUCCCACACCCAUUACCUGCCAGGCCCACCAGUUCUAG